AUGGGUGGAGAUUGUGUUCUGCCACAAGAUUUGUUAAUCGAAAUUCUAUUAUGGCUACCUGUGAUAUCUCUGUUACGAUUCAAGACGGUCUGCAAAUUAUGGCGUGCGACAAUUGAAGGUUCAGAUUUCAUUUAUCGACAUGCCACCUUUGAAAAUUCUUCCGAUAAGAUAGGUAAUUUCAUCUUUCAAUCUAGACAUAGACCUUUUUUCUAUAACUUCAAACCACAUUUUUUCUCGUUAUCCCCGUCUUCAUCUCGCGGAGAACGGGAAUGGGUCUACAAAUACAUAGGUGUGCCACCACAUCUAGCCGAGGCUGAGGCUGAGGCCGAGGCGGAGGAUCUGGAUCAGGAGGAGCUUCCUUUUAAAGUAACAUUGGCGGGUUCUUGUCAUGGCAUCCUUUGUUUACAUGAGGUUGAACCUAGGGAUAUUAUUCUUUGGAACCCCGCUACUAAAAAGUUUAGACGGCUUCCAAAAUCAUUACCUUUCCUGGAUGAAACACUUCGGUUUUGUUAUGAUUAUGUUGGGUUUGGUUUCGAUAUUGAAACUCACGAUUACAAAGUGUUUCAAAGCACUACUUUCCAAUCGGACUCUGAUCACCUAACAGAAACUAGAGUUCAAGUAUACAGCUUACAUUCCAAUUCUCGGAGGUGGUGCACUGAUUUGCGCACUUUUCCUUCUUAUAAUCAUAAUAAAAAUCAAGGUCGGUAUCUUAAUGGUUGUUUUUAUCUCCUCGGAAAUAAUUUUUACAGAAAGGAAGUUAUUGAAAAUUCUAAGCUCUGGAAGUAUACUGAUUCAGAGCAAGUGAUUCUCUCCUUCGAUUUCAGCAAAGAGAGUUUCAGAAUGAUACCUGCUCCAGCGCCAUGUCUCACUUGGUUGUAUGUCAUAGGAGGUAAUCAUGGAAAGAUUGUUUGUCUUAAUUAUUCUCAUUCUGGUGAUAUUGAUACACAUCAAAUAUAUGAGCUGAAUGCUACAAUGAUCGAGGAGAAUAAAGAGUAUUCAUGGAGUAAAUUAUAUACAACAACUAGAGAUCGUUGCCGCAGUUUCAAUGGUCCUCUGGAGAUCACAAGAAAUGGAGUGUUCGGUUUUAUAGAUUGUUUUUCAAAUGGUCGCAUGAUGUUAUUCAACCUUCUUACAGAAGAAAUAUUUGACAUAGAAAUUAACGACACCUCUUUGGAAGGUGAAUUUGUGAUCCAAACUGAUGUUUACAGGGAGAGCUUAGUUUCAGUAUAA